CUGAUCUUUUAGUCUUCAUCCUGCAUCAUAUCCCAUGUUAGCCGGGCGAGGCGGCUUGCUGAGGUCCGUCGUUGGAAAGAGUGGGUAAUCGAUCCAGCAGAUCAGUUUUACUAUGUCUGGCUACAGAUGAUGAUAGUACCCAUUGUUUACAACUGGGUGAUCAUCAUUUUGAGGGUGUCUUUCACUGCCAUCGCACUGAACUACCUUACUGUGUGGCUGACACUGGACUAUCUGUCAGACCUGAUGUACACUGUAGAUAUAAUAAUCACUCUUCAUUCUGGUUACUUGGAUCAAGGCAUCCUGAUCAAGGACCUAGGACGGUUAAGGAAGCGUUACUUGUGCUCUAAGCAUUUUCUGUUGGACUUAGCUUCCCUGCUGCCAACUGAUUUCCUCUACUUUGCCUUUGGCAUUAAAACUCUGGUGAGGAUCAACCGCCUUCUGCGUAUCCCACGACUCAACGAGGCCCUAGAUCGCAUGGAGACAAGAACUUCCUACCCCAACAUGUUCCGCAUCACAAAGCUAAUGAUCUACAUCUUUGUGAUCAUCCAUUGGAAUGCCUGUUUAUACUUUGCGCUGUCUGAUUACAUUGGCUUUGGGAAUGAUAGUUGGGUCUACCCCAAUAUCACAGACCCCAUAUUUGGCUCAGUGCAUCGACAGUACUUUUACUGCUUUUGGUUCUCUGCCCAGAUUUUAACAACAAUAGGAGACACCUCCCUGCCAUGCAGAGAAGAGGAGUACCUGUUCAUGAUUGCUGACAUGCUCAUUGCUGUGCUGGUGUUUGCAUCAGUUGUUGGUAAUGUUGGCAACAUCGUCACAAGCAUAAGGGACCGUGACAACGUCUUCUUUCCUAACCAUGAGCUGGUGAAAGCAUACCUGCAAAGCCACCAUAUAAGCAAGGAGCUUCGUCAGCGAAUCGACAACUGGUAUCAACAUGUUCACAUCAACAAGAAAAUCAUGCGAGAGAAUGAAAUUCUGCAGCAGCUGCCUUUACACAUGAGGACGGAGAUUGCUGUCAGUGUUCACCUUCCCACACUCUCUAAAGUCACUAUCUUCCAAAACUGUGACAAGAGUCUGCUGGAAGAGCUGGUUCUUAAACUUACAUCUCAGGUGUUCAGCCCUGGAGAGUAUGUCUGCAGGAAGGGAGAUGUGGGCCAUGAAAUGUACAUCAUCAGAGAGGGAAAGCUUGCAGUCGUAGCAGAUGAUGGGGUAACAGAAUUUGCCGUGCUGAAUGCAGGGAAUUUCUUUGGAGAAAUUAGCAUCCUCAACAUCAAAGGUAACAAGUCAGGCAAUCGUCGCACUGCUAACAUCCGGAGCAUUGGCUACUCUGACCUGUUCAGCUUGUCCAAAGAAGACCUGACAGAUGUGCUAUCUGAGUUUCCUGCUGCCAAAUGUCACCUGGAGGAGAAAGGCCGACAGAUCCUCACCAAGAUGGGCAUGCUGGAGGAGAAUGCAGCGGCAGAGGAAGUGGAGGCAGAGAAGAUUGAAACCAGGAUAAGCAGACUGGAGAGUAACUUGGAAGACCUGCAAACAAAACUUGCUCGACUUAUGGUGGAAUUAGAAUCAAGCAACCGGAAGAUGCAGGCCAGGGUGGAGCGGCUAGAGCUGGAAGUUGCAGCGUUGGAGAGUCAGCUGCCAGAGCAUGGGCAAGACAGAGAAAGGGAAGAGGGACGGGGAGAGGGUGUGGGCAGGGAGGUUGAAUGGGAGAGAGAAGAAGCAGAAGGAGAAGAGGAGGAACAUUCAGAUAUAAAUGCAGAAACACAGGGACAGGAAGGAGAUAGGGAUGAUGUGACCAAAAAGGGGGAUGGUGAAAGCACUAAAAGCACAAAGGAAGAGAUUGAAAUAGUGGUGGAAGGAGAUAAAUCUGGUCUGGGGGAGUCAGAUAAUCAGAAAGAUCAGAAAGACGAUGAUGGAGAGAAGUGCAGAGAGAAAGGAGAUGAUAGACCUGGGAAAGGCGAUGGAGCUGAGAUUGAGUCUCGAAAUAGAAAUGUAGAGAAAAGUGGUGAGAGAGAAUCUGAAGAGUGGGUAGAAAAGGCUGAAGAAGACAAAUGAAAAAGAAGUGCAAGAAUAAAAUAAAGAAAAUUUAAAGAAAGUCUAAAUAAACAGAUGCAGGGAUUGAGCAUGAAAUGAAUCUAUG